AUGCCUGUCAGACCACCUCAAACUCCAGGGAGGGGUCGAGCUGGUUCCGUCCAAUCUCGCUCAUCUAACCCCUCUAUGAACGAUGAUUCGGGCUCUGGAGCGGAAACCCCCGCCCGCAGACGCCUUGUAAAGGCCGCUUCAACCACGUUCCACACGAAUUCUACGACCAAUCUUGAUUCACGCUCCUCGAGAGGGGUAGCAGGCCCCCGUAUUGCGGGAACAAAUCGCAGGCAAUUGUCUGUUAGAGGCAAUGCCCCUCAGGGGCCGCGACCACAGGACGCUUCGCGUUGGAGCAAACCAUCCGGUGGCUACUUUCACUCCGAAACAUCCUCAGUCGACUCUACGAAUGAUUCUAAAGGCUAUAACCUCCGAUCUACAAGUGUGGGCAAUUUGGCGAAACACGACAGCACUCAAAUCCCUCCAGACAGCAUGGAUUUCUUGGCGCCAAUCAAUUUCGACGACUUCCAUAACAGCAUCAUGGCAGAACCCAGCUUGAAUCAUUUCCCCAUGCCGGGAAAUGGAGGUGCUGGCUCUGAGAAUCGGGACUCUGGCCUGUCAACCAACAGCUCAUGGACAAAUAACAGCUACGAGAGCAAUAUCUCGGAUCGCACAAGGAACGCAUCUGCCCGUCGAAAGAGUGAAGUAUCGCGCUUCCAUGGCCAGAACGUUCCAAACCCGGGGCUGCUCACAACCUCAGGCAACACCCGAUCGCGACGUCAAAGUCUCGCCCAACCCCCGGCCAAUGGAGUUAACAGUCCCAGUACUGGAUCGCGUCCCUCUCGCAAAUCUAUCAGCUCUGGCGCAUUUGCGCCCACCAGCGCUUCAGCGAGACGUGCCAGUUUAAGUGCCCGCAAGGUCAGCACCGACCCAUCGCGAGACCCGAACAAUUUCCUUCGCCCGCGGGGUACACAGGCGGACUCGGGACGGGAUGAGCCUAGAGUUCCCUCCUCGGUGCGAAGCCUCAAGGCAAAGUCUUUCCAGCCAAGUGCGCGUGAACCGCGCGGGCCUUAUUUGACUACGUCUGGGACCUCGGACCACAGCCGCUCAUCUUCCACUAAUGCGGUCCGUACACCGGUCAAGAAUGCGACCGGAAAUCCUGCUGCUACGACGCCCACUUGUUCAUCUUCCAAGCGUAUGUCUGUCAUGCCACAUGCAACUGGUUUAGGCGCCCGCACUAUCAGUCCCACGGAUGCACGUCGCAUGAAGCGAACGUCCAUCGCACCUCCUGCACCUCCUAUGCCACAUACCCCACCCACCCAAACUGAGCCCCUUCCCGUUCGACCUCUUUCGACGAACCAAUCCCCUUCCUUCCUCCCAAGAAAAAGCAUCACCCCAUCCUCUAACCGGACAACGCCAGAUCCCAACCGCAAGUCCUACAGCUCUGGUUUAUCGCUGUCAUCAAACACUAGCUUUAACUCGAUCCGGAACUCCAGCAGCUCGCUUCAGCCACGGCUUUCUCAGAAUUUCUCAUCGUCGCGAUUGCCCACGCCGAAGCCGCGUACAGACCAAUCCGCUUCGAAUGGGGAGGGAGAAGUGCCUCCAGUUCCCGCAAUUCCCAAGGCUUAUGAAUCCCCGAAGGGUGAACUGGACGCGCCGGUCUUUCCGGCCCCAAGGAAGUCCAGCUUACCAGUGGACAUCAGCCAAUUGCACAUUACGCAGGAUUCUGAGAUGGAAACCCAGGGUCGGUUCAGCACUACCGGCGACGACAAGAAUAAUGACUUUACGACUGAGCGUGCGGCGAAAACGCCAGAGUCGCGAACACGAACCUCGACGGUUUUAGGUCGCAAGGGACUGCAACCAUUGAAGUUGCCUCCUUUGAACCUCCUGCCUUUGGGGACUCCAAUGACGACCAAGAUCGAAGCUUUGAGAGACCGGGAAGCGGAGGAUCGAAAAUCUUACACCCCAUCUAACCAAGUCAUGUCGAAGACACCCAGCACGCCGAUGACCGCAUCAAAGGCAUCUAACUUUUGGUCUUUCCGCGAUGAUGAAGAUAAAACACCUGCGACUCAGGUCCGGAGCAGUACAUCACACUUUGCCAUCAGCUCUAGCUCCACGGCAGCAUUGCGGACUGCCAGCAGUACCAGCGUGUUCGAGUCCCUCGACACACCCAAUGGCACCCGGAACAUCUCACCAUAUGCAUCCUACACACUGCCCAAGAGCAGUAGCGAGUUCAAUGCUCUCCGUCAUCAGGCUAGCGGCGAUUACUCAAACAACCGGACAUCUCAUUCGUACAAGUUGACAGGUCCACGCCCGCAGACACAGAGUGCCACAUUUACACCUGCCGCAGAAAGACUGAGUCAGAUAUCGACCCCAUCUGAGCCGGAAAGCACCACUGCGGUGUCUAACCCUUCGCUUCGGGAUCGCUUGAAUGUUGCACGAGUUCGCAGCAAUUCCAAGAUAACCGCCUCUUCUGAUACGGAUGCCGAUUCAGCUAAAUACGAUCACAUGCCACCACCCAAGCUCCCAGCAUCCGCAACAUGGAAUAACUUGUCUUCUGCGUCUUUGAAUAGUCCUAGCGUCAAGACAUCUUAUCUCAAGCCCCGCCGUCAAUCAUCUGUAUCGAGCAUAACCAAGCAAUCAUCUCCUCGCAAACCCAGUGUCAGCAGUGAGCAAAGCUUCAACCUGGAACCAACUCGGUCUAAUGAUUCUGCUACGAGUCUUGAGCCCUCGCAUGUCAGGCCCAACAGCACAUAUGUGUCUCCGGUGCAUAAAAUCAUCAGCUCUGCUCGCUCCAGUGCCGCGGCAUCUUCUCGGUCAGCUGAUGCCAGUGUUGACGCUGACAUAGCAGUGGCAGAUGAGGAGAUGCGGAGGCUUGGAGCCAAACGGAAAGACUUUGAAAGUGCCGCCAAGGCGCUGGAUGAAUUGCGUCGCAAAGCAGGACCAAAGGAUCGUGUCAGUCCCGCUUCGGCUCUUAAGAUGGCCAACUUGAACAUCUUUGAGCGAGGAGAAAUCAUCGAUUACCGAGACAUCUUCUUCUGCGGGACUCAAAAUGCGAAGAAGCAUGUCGGCGAUCUCCACUCCGGCGCUGCAAACUUUGGAUAUGAUGAUGACCGUGGUGACUACAACAUCGUGAUGGGCGAUCACCUCGCAUACCGCUACGAGGUCGUAGAUGUCCUUGGUAAGGGAAGUUUCGGACAAGUCGUGCGAUGUGUCGACCAUAAGACUGGUGCUUUGGUCGCAAUCAAGAUCAUCCGGAACAAGAAACGGUUCCAUCAGCAGGCUUUGAUUGAAGUCAAUCUACUUCGAAAGCUGAAGGAUUGGGAUCCCGAUCGCCGCCAUAGUGUGGUCAACUUUGUCGAGAAUUUCUAUUUCCGUGGCCAUCUCUGCAUCUCCACGGAGCUCCUGGGAAUUAAUCUUUACGAGUUUAUCAAGGCACACGAUUUCCGCGGGUUCAAUAUCAAGCUGAUUCGGCGGUUCACCAAGCAAAUGCUCAGCAGUCUUACCCUCUUGCACGCAAAGAAGGUCAUUCACUGCGAUUUGAAACCGGAGAAUAUUCUUCUGGUUCACCCGUUGAAUUCUGAGAUUCGAGUCAUUGAUUUUGGCUCUAGUUGUUUCGAGAACGAAAAGGUUUAUACCUAUAUCCAAAGUCGUUUCUACCGUUCACCAGAGGUCAUCUUGGGCAUGUCCUACGGUAUGCCCAUCGAUAUGUGGAGUAUUGGAUGUAUCCUGGCUGAGCUGUUCACCGGUUAUCCUAUCUUCCCUGGUGAGAACGAACAGGAGCAAUUGGCCUGUAUCAUGGAAGUCUUUGGUCCUCCAGAGAAGCACCUAAUCGAAAAGAGCACACGCAAGAAGUUGUUCUUUGAUUCUUUGGGCAAGCCACGUUUAACUGUCUCGUCCAAGGGCCGUCGCCGUCGACCCAGUUCCAAAGAGCUUCGUCAAGUCCUCAAGUGCGACGAUGAAGCCUUUUUGGAUUUCAUCACCCGUUGCCUGCGCUGGGACCCAGCCCGUCGAAUGACUCCUCAUGAGGCUUUGAAGCACGAAUUUCUUACCGGCAUCAAGCCAACCGCUCGCCCCAGAAUGUAUGCCCGGACUGACACUAGCUCGCCAUCUAAGCGUGGCGUAUCCAGCGGGCGCCCGCUGCCUGAGCCUCCUAGUUCUACCGUGAAGACGGGUGGAUUCCUGCGCAGCCGUGAUGCAUCCGGUCAUUCUCCGGUCAAGAGCUCUGGAAAGCGCCAUUCAACGGUCAGCGGUCCACCGCCCAGCCCUGCCAAGCGAGCGGCUAACCCUUCCACCACGCUACCCCGUGCUUCAGCGCGGAGCAUCAGUGGAAAGCCCGACCUUGCUACGGCGGCGGCAGCAACCAGCUUGGUGAGUUAG